GAUCAUCGUGGCGUGAACGGAUGAGGCAGCUACAGCGUUUACGUGCCAGCCAGCGCGAACUUACCAGCACCGCUGCACCUAUAACCACGGAGUCAAUAGCUCUUAUCAGACAGCGUCUUCUAGAGGAAAGAAGGAGGCAACAAAUGAUUCACGAACAGAGACUACAAGAGCAGAAACUCCUUGAACAGAAAAUGGAGGAACAGAGACUGAAGGAACAGAGGCUGGAGGAACAGAAACUACAAGAGCAGAUACUCAAGGAGCAGAAACUGGAGGAACAGAGACUGAAGGAACAGAGACUGGAGGAACAGAGGCUGGAGGAACAAAGACUACAAGAAAAGAGACUCCUGGAACAGAAACUGGAGGAACAGAGACUGAAAGAGAAGAGACUGCAGGAACAGAUACUGGAAGAACAGAGACUACAAGAGCAGAAACUUCUGGAACAGACGCUGAAAGAGGAGAAACUUUUGAAACAAAGACUGGAGGAAGAGAGAGUGAAUGAGAUGAGACUGCAGGAACAGAGAUUGCAGGAAGAGAGACUGAAGAAAAAGGCACUGCAGGAACAGAGACUGAAGGAACAAAAACUGUUAGAACAGCGACUCGAGCAGCAGAGACUGAAUGAACAGAGAUUACUUAAACAAAAAAUGGAUGAACAGAGACUGCAAGAACUAAGACUACAAGAACAGAGACUGCAUGAACUGCGACAACAGGAAAAGAAUAUGCUGGAAAAAAGACUACAGGAACUGAAAAUGCAAGAACAAGCGGCGUCUCUGGGGCAACGACAAACAGGCGGAGAUAUUACGAGUCUGGGCCAAGUUCAUCCUGGUGUAAACCUUGGGAGUUCCAUAUUUGGUCCAGGAGAUGGUAUCCAGAUUCGACCAUCAGAUACUCUACCUUCACCAGUUGACAUGGGAAGAGAGAGUUCCAUUGGCGCGACUUCCGGUGAGCCACUGGGAGCUUUCAAUCCUGGCGAGGCGCUUCAACCUUUACAACCAUCACCUGGGGAGCCUCUUGGUGUUCCGAUCACAAGCUUUAAGGAAGUCGAUUUAAACUCAUUCUUUAAUUCUGGCAGUACAUUGGGGCCAAUAGAUAGCUCUUCUUCAAGCGUUGGUAAAGCUCAGACUGGUGAGAAAGGGCAGAAUGUCAAUCAACCAAGUGCAGGCAUACAGACACUUAACGGCGGUGUUAUGCCAAAAGUCGAGACUUCGAAGUCAUCCUCUAACUUUAAGUCUAGCGUUCAGACCAAGACUACACAAAAUCAGCUGUUUGGUAUGAUAUCUGGUCUCUCGAGAAAACUCAAAAGGCCUUGAUUGCUUUGAUGUAUUUUUGUUUUUAUCACGUUUUGCUAUAACGAAUUUAUUUAUUUAAUGAUUAAUUCAUUAAAUGAAUUUUUUGGAGUAACCGAUAAACCAGCAUGUAUUACACACAGAUGUGUGUGUUGUUAUAUUUGUGGCAACAAAAGUUCCUAAAAUUAAAAACUAUUUAUGUUGUAACAAUAUGAUACCAUUAACCAUACAGUAAUGUAGUGAAUCGUCACUGUGUCAACGUAACUUGACAAAAGCAAAUUGCAAAUUUCCUACAUGAGAAUUCGACUGUCGGUUACGCCAUUACUGCAAACCGAAUUAAAGUAAAAAGUUGUUGAUGUUGCUUCCAUAUUUUUGCGAAAACAUGAUAUCAGUACAUUAUAUAGCAAUUAUAUACUAUGUAUUAGCAAAUAUCAAACAUAAACAUGUAAACUUGAGUCUCUCGACAAAGGGUUGAAAGCGAAAAGGUUCUAUCUUCUUUUUUAUUUAAUGUCACUUAAAACAUUUUCGCAUUCACCCCUCGCUACGUUUCCGGACAGAAUAAUCGAUUACGCGUACUAUAGAAAAAAAAAACAUUCUAUAGGUUGCACUAAAUUGCGAACGAAAUAAGAUGUAUAAGAAAGUGCUGACCAUAUCGAUAAAGAAGGAUAUUGAAAACUGCGGAUAUUCUUAUAAGGGUAUAACAUGUAAAGAUUAUUAUUUUGAUAAUGCUCAUUUUUUUUUUAAAAUUCGUACAGGGAUGAUCAGUUUCUUCUUAACCUUUUCGGCUUGUCUCCAAUACUUGUUUCACGACGUUACCCUUGCCUCAAACUGUUAAAAUCGUUAUGAAAUAUAUUUACAUAAAACUGAGUACAUACUGAUGUCACUAAUGACUUUACAUACGCGCAUGUGUAAGCUAAGUUUAAAUUUCAUUUGAGGAUUUUCAAGGUGGGGGGGGGGGGCCGUCGUAAUUUCGUUUCAUGUUAUUAUUAAGUGAGAAAAAAUUCUAUGGCAAUUAAAAGGGAUAAUUUAAAAUAAAAUGCUCCGAAUCAGGUAACAAUUUUCGCCUGGUAAGUGGACUUUUCCUAUUUAAAAAAUAAAAUAAAAAUGUAUGCGUCCAGUAUGUGGCAAAAACAUAUUCUUUCGACAUCUUAAUUUUGUAUAAUAUAUUCUAAGAUUAAAGAAAUACUGAAUAGGUUGUGGCUAAGGAGGCAAUGUUUACAAAUAAACGUGUUGAUCUUAUC